UAAAGUCCAAACCCAUCUUGACUCGCCAGCGUCCCGUCUGUUUGUUUCGCAAUGCCUACAUUUCACACGAAGCAAACUUCAGCAACUGAAAAGUGAUCACGACAUGCUCAGUUCUAUGGCGUCUCUGACCGAAGAACAAGUAGCCAACGUUGAGCCUUUAUUGGACAAUACCACCUUGCAACAACCUACAUCAGCCGAUGCAGCCACAUCGCAGGUGUCCGCCACUUCACCGUCGCCGAACCAUGAUUCAUCGAUACCGCCUUCACUACCUACGAUGCAUCCAGUCUCCUUGCCUGUGCCGCCUACAGGAUCCAUUGAUCCUAGGGACGUCGUUUCUGGUCAUCAUGAAAUUCCGUCAGAAUUACUUCACAUCAUGCAGGAAAUUUUUGGACCUUCCAACGGGAUGGAAAAAGAGGAACUUCAAGAGACGGCGGAAGAAACACUGGCCAAUGAUGACUACAACACGAGUGAUGCUCGCGACUAUGGGUUCGAUUUCCUUGAAGGCGAUGAUGACAUUGAAGAGGAAGAAGAAGAUGAAGAAGAAGAUGAAGAGCAAACAAGACGAGCAUUAACCUAUAUGCUUGAACAAUUCGGCGACACGCUCUGAAACCCAUCAUAUUAUACCCAUCCGAAUUUUCAUUUCAGCGGAGGCACAGAUCAAGUGCUGGUUUUUGUCACCGCCAUAUCACCCGUCGUAG